GUAAAAUGAUACAAUUCCUCCCAACAGAGCAAGCAGAAAUCUAUCAUCGAAUUUUGUUGUGGAUAAAAAGUGUUGUUGCAUAGCAGAGCGCUCGUGUUUGUCAACUGCAUAUAUUAACUAGAACCAAGACUUGAAAAGGCCUACCUUGCCGGGAAAGCUACACAUAGCCAAGUUGGAUCACCCAAAAGUAGUUAAGGAGAGAGAGAGAGAGGGGGUUCUUCACUUCACGGGAUAAAGCAAGCUACUUUUGCUUUUCUCUCCAGUUUCUCUAUUUCCUGAUGAAAAAUUGGCCUUUACCUUCUAUAUAUCACUUUGGUGAUCCCUUAACAAUUUGAUUCAUCUGGAAAAAUAUGAAUCCUUGUGAAGACGAAUAUUUUUUCAAUCACCUGUCCAUCUACUCAGACACACCCUUACAACCAUCAGAGUCAUUGCUUUCUGAUGAUCUGCGCAACUUCCGUCUUCUCCUCAAGUGCUGCGCUUUGGAUCACUCCUCUUCUUAUGGAAAAGCUGUGUCCUAUUUGAUGUUUGUAGUCUUCACUUUACUAGUCCCCCUCAUGAGUUGUCUGUCCAUCAAAACUCCUGAAACCCCACCUUCACCAGUUGUCGAGACCAAGUCAUUUAAUGUGCUUGUCCAAUUCCCAGAGUCUGGGCUGGCCCUCAUCGGCUUCUUGACCCUAGUAUGUUUCUUUAGGGUUUAUUGUCUCAGACAGCUUCUGUUUCUUGAUGAUUUUACGUUGGUGAAGCUAGGCUUUUCGCGUGAACUUGACAAGGCCUUACGUUGCAUGGCCUGCAUACUCUUGCCUUCUUUCCUUGUAGAAAUUGUGCAUAAGAGCAUAUUUUUCUCCUCAGCCGAAGUAUCAUUUCCUUUCAUAGAGUCAUCUUGUGCUACAUUGAACUUUGUGAUGUUCUUGCUCGUCUUAUUUUCAUGGGUUUACCGGACAGGAGUGUUCUUGCUCGUUUGUGUCCUGUUCCGGUUGACCUGUGAGCUGCUGAUACUGAGGUUUCGAGGGCUGCACAAGAUGUUCGAUAGAUGUGGAUCAGACACCAUAGAAGAUGUAUGUAAGGAGCACGCAAGGAUCAAGAAACAGUUGUCGAGUACAAGUCACAGGUACAGGUUCUUCAUCAUCGCGUCCUUUGUUGUGAUAAGUUCCAGUCAGUUUGUGGCCUUACUGUUAGUUUUUGCCUCAAAGUCUGACAAGAGUUUCCUCAACUCUGGUGAUUUGGUGGUAUGCUCUGCAGUUCAGCUCUGCGGAUUCUUCUUGUGCCUGUUGGGUGCUGCAAGAAUAACACACAGAGCUCAAGGAGUAGUGUGCAUUGCAACGAGGUGGCACAUGACUUUGACAUGUGCUUCUGAAGCCGCCUCACCCGACAGUGACACUGACUCAUCCGACAACGUAUACAUCAAUGUGUCGCCGUCACUGGACUCAUCUUCCUUCUUCCAGGCUAGGCAAGCUCUAGUGGAAUACCUGCGACAUAACAACAAAGGGAUUACGCUCUAUGGAUAUGCACUCGAUAGAGGAUUGCUCCAUACACUCUUUGCAUUUGAGUUCUCUCUGGUGAUGUGGAUUCUGAGCAAGGUCGUGGUUCUAUCUUAACCACUCACAGGACUAUAGAUAUCAAACAACAAAAAACGCAGAAAGCUUCAAUUAAAGCGCUUCUCUUUCAUUUUGUAAACCAUUGGACGAGCUUCUUCUUGAAGCCUUACCAGUAGAAUUUCCAAAUGUACACAGGAUUGUAAAGUGUACACAGGAACUAAAAGCUUGACCGAUGCACAAAACUUAGUCACCGGUUUAGAAAAACUGGCUUAUUGGCUUGUGGCAUUGUUUGGUUGCCUUUUUGGGCUUAGCCAUAAAUUUGAUGGAGACAUCAUAAAUAUUGGUAGCUUGUCUUCAUUUUGUAUUUGUCCAUUUCUUUCUCACCUGUCAUCUCCAUUGUUUUGUAAUAAUAACUAUUA